CAGAGGGUAGAUGUCAAAGCUGCCUUUUCCUCUUCAGACUGCAGUGAGGUAAAAAUAGAUUUCCUGUGGAAUACGUCUUCAAUCUGCUUUCUGUCAGGGCAGAAAACGAAGGCAGUGGCAGGCGGGAGAUUCUGCGCACGGUAAGAGCAAACCUCACUGCUUGACUUUAAAAGUUAAAACUCUUAGACAAUGUCGAAAACGAAGAGAACAGUGGGCAACUGAGAAAGUACGCUAGUUAGUGAGAGCAUUGCUGCGUUCACAUCCAAGACGUGACAACAUUCAUGCGUUAACAGUUUAGGGGCAGAAUGGAUGAGAUACAAAAGCAUAAACAGAGGAGGCCAUCUGUGCUGCGUCACGUUCCACAAGCAGCUUCCAGACAACAACAAGACAGUAGUAGAUCUGGGUCUCUCUGUAAAGAGGAGGUGGAUACAGAUCAUCUUUCCUGGUCAAAUUCCUCUCUGAUGCUGCCAAACCCAAACCUUUAUCUUCUGCCACCGAGCGGAGACAAUCCAAAGCAACCUUCAGUCAAGAUGGGCCUGAACAACGGGGUCCCAGAAGGGAUGAGUGCACUGUUUGUGAGUGGUCUUUGCCGCUGGCCAGGCUGUGGAGUCGUAUCGGAAAAUUUCUCCACUUUCUUAAAGCACCUCCACUCUGAACACAGACACAACGACAAAAGCAUUGCUCAGUGGAGGGUGCAGCAGGAUAUCGUCCAGUACAUGGAACGUCAGCUUGUCCUGGAAAAACAAAAACUUCUCGCAAUGCAGCUUCAUCUGUCAGAGAACAGUUACUCUAACCUGGCUCAGGUAAUCAACGGAGACAGAAUCCAACUGGGGGAACUCAAAAAUCAGACACUCCAACAGGACUGGACAGCUAAAGCCUCCACACACCUUCUGCCAGGUAUUGAAUGCUACAAAUACAACAACAUCAGGCCUCCAUACACCUAUGCUUACCUGAUAAGAUGGUCGAUCUUGGAGUCUCCAGACAAACAGAGGAAUCUAAAUGAGAUUUACAACUGGUUCACUACCAUGUUCUUCUACUUCAGACACAACACAGCAACAUGGAAGAAUGCAAUACGUCACAAUCUCAGCCUUCACAAGUGCUUUGUGCGAGUGGAAGGGGAAAAGGGAGCUGUGUGGACGGUGGAUGAAACAGAGUACCAGAGAAGGAAGGGGCAAAAAUAUCACCGAGACUGCCCAGUGAAGUGGCUGACGUCUUACUCCCAUUUCUGUUCAGAGGAGCCGACAGCAGCAGACGGCAGCACAGUGUCCCUCCUGUUGUCUAGAUGUUGAAGUCUUGUCCAAACUAUACAUGUUUUGGAUUCAAAGUCAUUGCUUUUAUUUGAUUUUCUUAUUGUUUGUUGGCGCGACCAUAUGUUUUAUGCUUUAAUUAAUGGUUGGUGGUUGUAUUAACUAAGACCACUUAUUACACAAACUGAAUUCUAAUUGUCUCUCUUUUUUUUUAACACCAGUAAAAGAUUAGGGUAACAAAAUGAAGCCUUUACUUACAAUUUUUAUAUUGACCUGAAUUACAAAGAGCCUUCAGUUUACACAAAAUGAAACGGGCCUCAAUCACAUUCAGUCAGAUUCAUCCAAAGAUUAGAAUUGAAGUUGAUUUUGUUAAAUGGUGACUCCAGUAUAUCAUGUAGAAGUGGAAAAGAACAGCUUUAGAGCUGCAGUGUAUAUCUGUUAUAUAUAUAUAUAUAUAUAUAUAUAUAUAUAUAUAUAUAUAUAUAUAUAUAUAUAUAUAUAUAUAUCUAUAUCAACCAAUCAGAACCGGGAGAAAGAUCUUAGCGCCGCUCGAUUUGCCAAUGACAGAGAGACAACUUACUGUUACAGGAACAUUUCUCCUCUGCUGCCAUCGGUGGCCAUGCUAACCAGCCAUGCUAACCUACUGCAGAGAGUAGGGCUGAGCAAUGUUGUCAGUGAAUGAUAUCACAAAAUAUAUCUUUAAAUGUAUUGAUAUCAACAUUGCAGAUGAUUUCCCACAUUCUCUGCUUUUCUUGUCAUUUUAUUCUUUUUAUUGGAUUUGCCCAAAAAUGUAACUUCACCGCAUCAACAGGAAGAUGAACGGAGCCAUGUGCGGCAACAUCCUGGAUGAAAACUUCCCCGCCUCGGUCAGGGCACCGCAAAUACUUAUUUCCUUCUAUGAAAUAAAAAAUUUAUUUCUCUCUUA